CGAUCGUGCCGACACCAUCACAGCAACACGCAUGAUUUCCAGCAACCUGGCCUAACAUGUUCACCGGCUCCCGGCCAACCGGCCUCCUCUCCCUCCAAACCCUCCUCGGCUGGCCACCAUCCGGAGGCGAACAUGUCAAACUCCGCGAAACCGCCUGGCUCGACGGUCUACGAGGAGUAGCCGCCUUCCUGGUCAUGAUCUACCACAUCAACCUCACCUUCUGGUCCGGAUACUACAUCGAAGCACCCUUCGGAGCCACCACGAUUCCCGACGAGAAAUUACACCUCCCCGGCGGAUGGCAACUCUGGGCUUUCUGGAGACUGCCCAUCUUCCGGUUGUGGAUGUGUUCCGGCCACGCGCAAGUGAGCGUCUUCUUCGUGUUGUCUGGGUUCGUGUUAUCCUGGGGCCCUCUGGGAUCGAUUCAAGCGGGAGGCAAGCAGGAGAAAGUCCUGCAGUCGCUGGGAUCGGCGACGUUUCGUCGGUGGAUACGAUUGUACGUGCCGUGCUUCGCGGUUGCGCUGUGGCAGGUGUUCGAGAUGUGGUUUGGUCUCCGAGACUGGGGGAUUAUUACAAAGCGGAGUAAUAUUUUCGCGCAGUUGUGGGACUAUGUCAGAGUCUCGGAGCGGUUUGCGAAUCCGUUCCAGAUCAAUCGGGACGAGUAUAAUGGGCAACACGAUUAUGACUGGACGUUGUGGACGAUUCCGUACGAGUUUUCCGGGUCGAUGUUGGUUUUUGGGGUGCUGUUGGCCGUCAGUCGAUUUUCUGAGUAUCGGAAGAGGACGCUCGUGAUCGCGGGUGUUGCGGGAUAUGCUUGCCUGAGGGGCGAGUGGAAUUUCUGGCUGUUUGCCACGGGUAUGCUUAUUGCCAACUAUGUGAGGAAUGCGGGAGGUUUCGAGGAGUUGACCCGGAGGACGACACGAGGCUUGAAGACGGCGUGCGUUGUCAUGCUUUUUACGGGACUGCUGCUGGCUGGAGUACCAUCGGGAAGUCAGUUUUACACCCGCGAAGGAUACGCAUGGUUGGACAAUCUCGUACCUUCGGCGUGGAAGAAUAUUGAAGGCGGCAUGCGGUUGUGGUGGUGCUGGUCUGGUAUCCUGUUCAUCUUCGCAUCGUGCCAUCUGGCUGGCGUCAGGCGCUUGUUCGAGGCGUCCUUCAUGCGGUAUCUGGGACGGCUCAGCUUUAUGCUGUAUCUGACGCACCGCAUUGUGUUGAACUUAUUGGGCUCUAUGCUCAGGUCAGUGGUUUACUCUUUGAUCGGGAGGGAUAAAUGGAUCGACGAUUCUGAGGAGGGCGCCACGGUCCUGCAUCCUCUGUUCACACUUCUGGGAUACGUUCUGCUGCUGGCAGCAUUGAUUCCAUCGUGCUUGGUUGUGGCGCACUGGGCGGAAAUCUGCAUUGACAAACCUAGCACGAAGUUGGCGAGGCGGGUUGACGACUGGUUUGUCGGUGGGAGUCCAAAGGAGACUGCAGCUCUAGGUGAGAACGGAAGUCUGCUGCCUUCUCAUGCGGCUGGCGAUGAGCGGGAGAUGGAUUUGGUGAACAGGCCGGACAAUAUUGGCAUUGGGGAGAACGCUCGUUGAAAUAAGAUCACUUUUGCCCAGGACGCGAAACUUCGAUGCAAAAUGCAUUCACGGGAAAACCACGCGCACAAUGCCCCGCUGCUGAUCGCUUGCCAGUUCGAUUGUGUCGCGAUGUCAAUCGACACCGCAACGAUCAGGCUCGCCUCCAAAGCAUCGUAAAUAUCGAUCACCGCUGGAAGAGGUCCAAGACAGCCUCAACAAGUGGAGGCCCGCCGCAUCACCUCCCCACCAUAAUCGCACCGAACGGCUUAAGGUCGGUACCUAUAGUCACCAGAAUGAAACCGAGGGAACUCAGGAGUCGACACCGAUGGAGUCUCGCACCUGAGUCCCCACUUGCGGAACUCCGCGAUAGUGUUCGGCGGAGUCCUCCGGUUGCGCCAACCUAGCAGCCGCCCAAGCCCAACCUGAUAGACGGCUGCCUCGAUCACGUAGUCGCUGUUGGAGUACCCAUUCUCUUGCAGUGACUUCAGCAAGUCCACCCACGGUUGACGCUCACCUGGCCAAUCAUGUAUCCAAUAGGUCUCCGCAAGCUCGAUGGUAAUGACGACCUGAUCUCUGAUUGGAGAUGAUCCGAUGGGAUUCU